UGUAGCUUCUGACAUCACCAGCUCCAUCUCCCAUCAUGGCGAUAGUCCUCCACUCCAGCCCUCUGCUGUGGACUCGGUUGGCCGCGCUGAUCUUCUCCUGCGUGGCCUUCUCUGUGGCCGUGCACGGAGGCAGACUCCACCACGGCACCGGGGACUGGUGCAUCUUCUGCUGGGCCUUCAGCUUCGCCGGCACUCUGCUCGUCCUCCUGGUGGAGCUGUUCGGCCUCCAGGCCAGGGCCCCCGUCUCCUGGAAGAACUUCCCCAUCACGUUCGCCUGCUACUCCGCCCUGCUCUGCCUGUCCGCCUCCAUCAUCUUCCCCCUCUACUUCCUCAAGGGCUCCAUGGGCCAAAGUGAUGUCCGUGACUUCCGCAUCGUGUCGACCGUCUUCUCCUGCCUGGCCACCAUCGCCUACAUUAGCGAAGUGAGCAUCAGCAAGGCGCGUCCGGGCGAGGUGGCCGGCUACAUGGCCACGGCCCCCGGCCUGCUGAAAGUCUGCGAGACCUUCGUGGCCUGCAUCAUCUUCGUCUUCAUCAGCGACCCCGUGUUGUACGACCGCCACGACGCACUCAAGUACUGCAUGUCCGUCUACUGCAUCUGCUUCAUCCUGUCGGUGAUCAUCAUCCUGCUCUGCAUAGGCGAGUGCACCGGGCGCCUCCCCUUCCCCUUCGCCCGCUUCCUGUCCAGCUACGCCCUGCUGGCCGUGGUCCUCUAUCUGUCGGCGACCAUCAUCUGGCCCAUCUUUAACUUUGACCCCAAGAACGGCGGAACCAAAAAGAGGCCGUACGACUGCUCCAGCGGUAUGGGUGUGUGUGUGUGGGAUAAGCUCAUGGCGGUGGCCGUGCUCAGUGGCGUCAACUUCGUCCUCUACCUGGUCGACCUGAUCUACUCCUCCCGCCUGGUGUUCAUCACUGCUUGAGGGAGGAGAAGGGAAGUUGGGCCAGCAGCACACUCCAGAUCAAAUAGAAUUUGGCUUUUAAAUUUUUUUUUUUAUAAAAAGGCUGUCAACCAGUUGUCAAAUACACUUUUGUGAGCAAAUGUGUGUUUGUUUAAUGGUUUGCGCACCAAUAAGUGGAGUCAUGAUGGGAACCAACAGUAGAGUUGCGCCACAGCUGGUUGAGAUUGACUCUGUUUGACAUUUGCUCUAAAAAUAAAAGGAAGUGAUAUUUUUAUUACCUUGGUAGAACAAAAUAGUUUGAGAAGAAGAAGUGUGACUCAGGGUGAAUCAGAUCUCAAAUCUCUUUUCUCAAAUCUGCCAAAUUUGAUUCUGUGUGAAGUGUGCUGCCAGCCCUAAAGAGAGAGAGCAGGUGAAGAGGGGAAGAGGUUGAAGUCAUGGCUAUGUUUAAACGUAUAAAACAAUAAUCUCUGGGGGUUUUUUUUAUAUGUGGGAACUUUUAAAGGUCAAUCAUCGAUUCCAGGGACCUGAAUAGACUGAAUGUGAUUUCUGGAACAUGCUGACAUCACCAAAGAUAUUAAAACAGCUUCUUAUCCAUUAUAAUGGCCGAUUGGUGCCUGUUAUAAAACUCAAGUCAUGAAAGCUGUUCCCAGAAUCUCAAGAGCAAGGAUACAAGCUAACAACCAAAAUACUAUGUGCAUGUAAACAUAGUCUGUGACGACAAAAUGAUGGAAAAACAGAGUAAAUGGUGGUUUAUUAUUGUGUUAUUAUUAUUAUUUUAAUUUUUUGCAUAAUGUUUAUGUCAUGGCGCUGGCUUUAGACUGUUUUAAAUUGGAUUUGAGUUAUGAAAUAACUGCCGAGCGUUUUCUUCUCUUUUAAAAUUGCUAAUUGACGUGAAGUUAGAGAAAAAAUAAAUGAGCAGCUGUACGGAGCCUUGAGCUAAAAUAUUUAAAUACCAUACAAUUUGAAAUCUAAGAUGUAAAAUACAUUAAAAAAAAUGUUGUCUUAUUUUUUUUUUUAUUAAAUAUAUUGAUCCCCUUUUUCUUUUUACACAGCUCCGAUGCUUUAUGACUUGAAGUAGUGCAAACCAACAGUUUACAUGAUGUUAAGAUGAAUGCUAGGCUAGCUGUUCACUCCUGUGAGGAGAUGUGUGUUUCUGUAUAUGCAAGCUACAAUCUUAUGGCCAGAAUAUUUAGCCUAUGUGGGAACAACAUGUGCAGAAUUGUGGAUUUAAAUAAAACCAACCAUAUAUGCUUAAUUAAAAGUGCACUUAUAUCCAUAUUGUCAGUGUGUUUUAAAGUCCUGGUGCGUCUGAAACACCACCCACACCAUCGCACCAUUCAAUUCAAAUGGUCGAUUGGGCCUUUGAGUUUAAAACUGCUGUAAAAGAAAAUACUGAGGGGAUGAAAACACAUGUCCUCUCGUUCUCUCUCUCUCUCUCUCUCUCUCUCUCUCUCUCUCUCUCUCUCUCUCUCUCGCUCUCUCUCUCUCUCUCUAGAUGUUGUGUCAUAACUUUUUUAUGUUUUUCACUGUUCAUGUUUCAAGUGUGCUUGCCACAUCAGUGUUGUAGAAAAUGAUAACCCAGGGUUCCAAUAAAGCCACAUGGUAAACAGA